AUGUAGAACCGGCAUUACCCAACGGGCAACGAACAACCACCCGGUGAUGAAUCUGAAUGCAGCUCUACGGAAUGCUUCACCUUGUUAUUUCCAUGGUGGAAAUAUACGGGAACGACUCAUCUUUUAUAUUUAUACCAUAGUUAUUUCCAUGGUCACACGUAUGUACACGUGCUUUGCUUGCGAAUUCCGAACUUCCGAGUUCCGACCACUGACCAGUUCCGACGGACCACUCGACCGUGACGGUGACGGACGUGUUUCGGUUCGGGUACUUUCCAUUGUAUAUUUUUGAAAGUGUUGCCGACUUUUGACUGUGCAUCGCAUCACAUAGAUGCGUGUCCGCGGAUGAGCUUGUCUCGAUUGUUCGUCAUUUUGCACUUUACGACGACUAGGGCUUUGACGCGCGUUAUUGCGACGUGACGACGCCGUAGACGCAGGCGCCCGGAAACCGGUCGAGCAACGCCAUUUUCGCAGGCAUCACCCGUUCGUUUUCAUAUUUUUGCUGGAGCCAUUAUUUGAGGAAGAAGAAGAGCUUUGUUGUGUGUGCUACCAGUUGCGCCAGGCCGCCGACAGAUGGCGCUACCGUCGAGUGCUGCAAGCGAGUUGAAAAUCGCAUCACUGAUCAGGAGUAAAAAUCCUCCAGUUUUGAUAAAAGAAUUUGGUCCGAUAGAUUACAUUGAUUUUUCGCAAAUAGAACCACAUUAUUUUGCAACAACCUGCUCAGUACGAGUACAACUGUAUAAUCCAAUCACAAAGUUAGCCACAAAAACUUACAGCAAGUUCAAAGAAGCUGCAUAUGGAGGUUGCUUUCGUAGAGAUGGCAAGCUGUUAUGUGUUGGUGGAGAAGAAGCAGUUAUUAAACUCUUCAAUAUCAGUUCAAAUAGCAUGUUGCGAAUUUUUUCUGGACACAAGGCUGCAGUGCACAGAGUUUUCUUCACAGCUGACGAUAUUCACAUUGCCUCAUUUUCGGAUGAUAAGACUGUAGCUUUGUGGGAUAUACCUAGCGAAAAACAAUUGACAAGCUUUAAUGAACAUACAGAUUAUGUCAGAGCUGGUGCAGUGAGUCCUGUAUCCCCUCAUGUGUUAUUAUCCGGUGGAUAUGACAAAAUUGUGAAUAUGUAUGACACUAGAACGAAUAAGAAAGUAUUUAGUGUUAAUCAUAACGCACCAAUAGAAAGUUUACUCUUCUUACCAACUGGAGGAAUAUUUUUGUCAGCAGGUGGGACAGAUAUUAAAGUAUGGGACGCUCUCGCGGGUGGCAAAUUACUCGCGAAAAUUACACAACAUCAUAAAACUGUAACUUGCUUGAAAAUUGCUUCUAAUGGUCACAGAAUACUUUCUGGUUCGUUGGACAGGCAUGUUAAAGUUUACGAUGCUGGAACGUAUAGAACUCUUCAUGCUUUGGAAUAUCCUAAUGCGGUUCUCAGCAUAGGAAUUAGUGUGAACGACGAAACCGUCGUAGCUGGUAUGGUAGACGGUAUGAUUUCUGUUAGAAGACGCGAGGAAGACGUUAAAGCUGUAAUAAAACCAAAAAAGAAGGUGUCAUAUAGGCAUGCAGGUGAAAAUCUACAUGUGCAAAGUAUCGACGUAGUCGUACACCAAGAUGUCAAAGAGAUAAUGAGCAAGCAUGAUGUCUGCUUGCGAAAGUUUCAAUAUAGUAAAGCGCUCGAUUGUGUCAUGGUGAAUUAUGUGGUUAAUAAAACGCCACAUGUCACCGUAGCGCUUACCCAGGAACUUAUUAGGCGAGAAGGCUUAAGGCGAGCUUUGACCGGUAGAGACGGCAAGUCGUUAGUUAAUAUUAUUAAAUUUCUGAAUAAAUAUAUCGGCAGCAUACGUUUCGGAAGAGUAUUGUCGCACGUAGCGAAUGUGUUGUUAGACAUUUACGAAGACCGUUUGGACGAACUGUCAGAGGAAACACGGAAAACGUUUGCUAUACUAUCGCAAAAAUUACAAGAAGAAGAACGGUUAACUUUAGCUUUAAUGCAGUUGCAAGGUUCAAUGCAAAUGAUAUUGUCUGAUGCUGAAACGUCUUCUUUGUCUGCUAUAAAAGAAAUUCAAAGCUUGGAACCAUCAAACGCCGCUCAAACAGAACGUGAUAUCAUCUUGAAUAUAGCUUAAAAUAACUUAUAAAAUAUUAUUUAAUUGUACAAUAAUUUUUUAAAAAUAGUUUUACA